GCGACAAACUGAUUUUGUUUAUAUUCUUCCCUCGUCCUUCGUUCUCCUGAUACAAGUGCAGUCGUCAUUUUGCAGUACAAACUUCGGACACGCCCCUAGGCACCUUUGCAGUCUCCUCAAUCCACAAUCACAAUGACAGGCCGUGGCGGCGGCGGUGGUGGGCGCAAAACCCUUCUAGCACCAAUCCAUUUCAUAUUCAGUCUACUGCAAAAGCGUUCGACCGUAUCAAUAUGGCUCUACGAGAACUUGCGCACGCGCAUUGAGGGAAAAAUCAGGGGGUUCGACGAAUUUAUGAACCUUGUCGUCGACGAUGCGAUUGAGGUCCAAUUGGCUACGAGAGACGCUCCGGAAAAGAGAAGGCAGCUUGGACAAAUUCUACUGAAAGGAGACAAUGUUUCGCUGAUACAGUCACUGGACUGAGCAGAAAGAGCAUAUAUACUGGCAAAAAAACACAGCAAGAAUGUGGCCAGUCCCAGAUAUGGCCUGAGAAAGCACGGAGGAUGCUGUGUUGGGGGCAUAGCAGCCGUACCGCAUUCAGGUCUCGGCAGUGACAACCUCAUCAACUAUCCAAUCACUCUCGUCGACAGGAAUGUCUUCUUCAGGCGGCAGCAUCUGUUGAGAAAGGGCAAGUCCAACUAUGAGCAGGGUCAGCCAAGUUGAAGGAGAGCGGAGCGAUUUGAUUACCCAGGUAUGGCAUCUUUUGUCCAGCUUGGUUUGGAUCAAGCGCGUCCUUGUAAGUCUGGAGAUAGCGGUCAUAGAAGCCCUUGCCGUGGCCGAGUCGUCGAUGAGACCGGUCGAAUGCCACGGCGGGCAUGAAAAUGAGGUCAAGAUUUGGAACUGCUUUCUCAUCACGUCUGUUCGAAACUCCCCUCCCUCCCAUAGCAUUCUUUCUU